CUCUUUCCCUCACACACACCGUGCUGAGGUGCUUCCUGAACAGGGCUCGCUCUAGGACCCAGUGAGAGAGAGACUAGGGGGCGCGGUGAUAUUUUUAAUCUGACCACAGAGCCUGUUAACUCGCUGCUGCUGUUUCCUCGAAACUGAAGACAGCUCUGACAGAAGUGCCUUUUACCAUAGUUCUUCAUCCUCAGUGUGAUACUAACCGCUGUAGGGUAGUACCCCAGGCCGCUUGGAGCAGAGACACCCCCAGGUCCCAGACAGUGGGCCCCCCCUUCAUGGCCCCGUGGCCCUGUGUGUCCUGACAUGCCAGGCAGCAGCAGCAGCACAUGCCAAGCCCCAACAGGCCAGCCAUGGAGCAGCAAGCCUGGAUACUGAGGGGCUUCCUGGCUCAAGUGGAGAGCAAGGAGGCUGAGGUGGAGGAGGCGGAGAGUGGCUUCACCGGGGAGUUCUUGAGGCUCAAACGCCAGUCCACCAAGUACCGCACUGACAAAACCUACCCCACAAAGAUAGCAGAUAAGCAGGAGAACGUGAAGAAGAACCGAUACAAGGACAUUGUUCCCUUUGACCACAGCAGAGUGAAACUGUCCCUCACCACCUCCAAGAACGAUAAUGACUACAUCAAUGCCAGCUUCAUCAAGGGAGUGUCAGGGGCCAGGGCCUACAUUGCCACCCAGGGCCCUCUUCCCCACACCGUGCUGGACUUCUGGAGGAUGCUCUGGGAGUAUGACACAGAGGUCAUAGUGAUGGUUUGCAGGGAGUUUGAGAUGGGCAGGAAAAAGUGUGAGCGCUACUGGCCAAAGAAACAAGAGGAACCUUUUGUGUGUGACCCGUUUACUAUUUACUGCGACUCAGAGGAGAGUAAAGGAGACUAUGUGAGCAGGAACCUAAGAGUGACCUACCGCAAUUGGAGUCGUACCCUGAGACAGCUGCACUAUAUCAACUGGCCGGACCACGGGGUCCCAGACACCAUCCCUCCCAUCCUGGAGCUCCUGCAGGAGAUGAGAGCUUACCAGGCCCAUGAGGAUGUACCCAUCUGUAUCCACUGCAGUGCUGGCUGUGGAAGAACAGGAGCACUGUGUGCCAUCGACUACACCUGGAACCUGGUGAAAACACAGCUGCUCACAGAAGAAUUCAACAUCUAUGACCUGGUCAAAGACAUGAGAACACAGAGGCCUUCUGUGGUUCAGACCAAGGAACAGUACGAGCUACUAUACAGAACCAUCAAGUUCCUGUUUGAGAAGUACCUGCAGUCCAUGGCACCAGUCCCCCCUUCCUGUACAGAGGAGGUGCCAGCGGCCCCCUCACCCCCUACAGCCAGUGACAGUGAGCUCUCUGACCUCAGUGAGGAGUCUGAAGCUGAACAGGAACCAGAACCUAAAAUGGAACCACAGACAGAACACAGGCACACAGAGAGCGAGGCGCCUGGUGGGAUAUCCAAUCACGGCAUACCAGUGGCCUUCUUUGCCCCAGAAAUGCAUGUUGACCCACUGUGUGACGCGGCUAAUUGCUCCCCCUCAGCCAUCCUCAAUGCUCUGAGAGCUAGGGAUAGCCAGAGGGAACAGAAGAGACCAUACUCCCUACAAACACAGACUGUGAACCAGAAACCACAACCCCGUAAGAAACAGCCCAAUAACAUGGCCGUCAAUCAGAGACCACCAUAUCCGCUACCGACACAGCCUAAUUACCAGAGACCUUAUUUCCUACACACACAGCCUGCUAACCUGCCCACCAGCCAGGACCUGAGGCAAGAGCCCAGCCCCAGUAUCCCCAUCAUAUACCCUCAGGAGUUCUCUCAGAUAGCCAUGGAGCAAGAGAAGUUGGAGAUGGAUAGAGAUAUCACCCCACUGGAAAUACCAGUGCUUCCUGUGGACUUAUUCUCCAACUCCCUCUGUCUCACCAUGGAGGACCCCUACUUUGGGCCUGACUCACCCCUGGCUGCUCAGGAUCCCAAAGGGUCUGAUGAUGAGGAGGAGCAGGCUCCACUGAGCCAGUGGACCGAGAACCCCUGUUUCAACGGACCCAGCCUGACCCUUAACAGCCAGCGGAUGGAGCUGCCAGCCCUCACCACCACCAACGCUGCCCCGGGUGCAGUUUCUUCAGAUGAAGACAGUCCACCUCCAUUACCCGAGAGAACUGCUGAAUCAUAUGUACUGGCUGCUGGUGCAGAGCGCUCGGAUAACAUCUCUAAACCUAAGAUGUUAGAAAUCAUCCUCCCUUCUAAUGCUGAAGCUGAGGCCCUCAGGGGGGGGGAUGGUGAGCGGAGGAAUGGUGAGUGGAGGAAUGGUGAGCAGAGGAAUGGUGAGCGGAGGAAUGGGAGUCCCCUGUCGCCUAUCCCCCCACUGCCAGAGAGAACGCCAGAGUCCUUUGUGUUGGCCAACGAUGCUGGUAGGAGCACUCCUGUCUUCCCUCCCCUCUCAGUCCCUGUAGAGAAGAUGGUCCAGGACAGGCCAAAGGACAGCAGGAUUGGAACCUCCUCGGAAUGGUGUGGCCAUUUAGGGGACACACCAGCUCUGGUGGAGAAGAGAUCUUGGACGAGGAGCAGGAGCUUAAAAGUUAAAAUGACAACACUCUCAGUAUCACCCCAGGUUACAGUAUCACCCCCGGUUACAGUGCCUCCCCUAGUUGUAUUUUCGGUUCCUGCUCCCUGUACAUCUAUAAACCUUCCUCCUCCCCCUCCCCACCCUCUGGUCCCUACUCUCUCACCUCCAGAAAGACUGACUCCGCCUCUACCUGAGAGAACCCCAGAAUCCUUCAUGGUGGUCGUGCAGGACGGUGAGCACAUCUCUUCAUCCCCACCACCUUCGCAAUCAUCACUUGCAUUUGAUCAAAACAGCGACCCCUGCCUGCAGAGUCUGAGCAGCCAGACCACAACCACACAGCAGAGGAUCGGUACGUCCUCAGAGUGGUCGGGGAACUCCCAACCCAAAAGAUUCCUGGAUGGAAUCAUGAAUCGGAGCAAGAGUGUCCGGGCAAAGAGUUCACGGCAAGAGCACCUGGCGACUGUUCAUCUGGUUGCUCCAGCCGUUGCUACAGCAGGAAGUGCUGAGAUGGUGCACCAGCAGCUGGUGGUCAACAGCAUCUCAACCAGCUCUGGUACUGCUGACAACAAACCAGACAAGGACAGUGGGAAGGGCAUGUCUAGAACAAAGAGCCUGAAGUUCUUCAAGUACAGACAGAAACCAAAGACAGCCCCCCCCCCACCAGCAACAGCCCAUUCUGGAUCACCUCCUCCUUAUGGUGCCUCUGCCUCAUCAUCAGUGUUCAAAUUUGGAUUUGGGAGUCGUUUUGUGAAGCCUAAAGGGCCAAGGACUCACCCCGAGACGUGGUUUUAAGGCAGCCAGUCUACAAAGCUGGACACGUCUGGCCACUGUCCUGAGAUCACAGGGCUGGAACCCUGCAUGUGGCUAGUCGAUACCGGCUACUCAACUGAACCAGUGAUAGCCUGGUCCCAGGCCUGCUGGUGCCAUUUUUCCAACUCCUGUGUCAUUAUCAAGUGAGGCCAGUGACCGUUCCCAGACUAAUUAUCAGUGUGAAGGAAGAGUAUUUCAUGAAGACAUGGAGGAUGACAUACUGUACUGUAGCAUUCUCCCUCUGCAUCGAUUCUGGAAGGACACAAGCACGGUUUCUCAAACUGCUGUUAUGGCUCGGUGAUCAAUCUCUGAUGAGAUUUCUUUUACAGAACCACCUGCUAUUCAUGACAAAUUGAUUGUACUGUGGUUGCGAAAAACGCAAAUCACAUGUCGGCAAAAGGAUGGAUGAGUUGAUAAAUAUGUUUAAGAGAGGGCUACUUUUGACUAUUUUGCCUGGUCAGAUACUGUAAGGUACUUUAAAUUGUUGUUAACACUUGAUACAUGUUAUAUCCAGAGAGUUUUACACGCCUUUUGAUUGUGUUUGUUUGUGUAGUCUACUUUUGAUCCAGACAAAAGCUAGAUCUACACCUGCACUGUUCAGUGUGAAUGUUACCCACCACGAUGGGACAACUGUUUUGUAGGAUAAAUAUAUUUGUACCGGUAAUAUUUUUCAUGGAGGUGUGAGAUAAGACCGAUACUGUAACGUACAUCACGUUCAUUGUGUGUAAGUUGGUGGAUGUGUUUUCUUUACAGGCUAUAAUUUAAAAGCAAAUCCAAGACCAAUUGCUGUAAAUUUACCCAUUGAUGAGGAUCACUGAUUUCUUCUCCAUAAUGCUUACAAAAGUAAUGCCACUCAGUUGUUUCAUACAUAAUACAGGCAUACAGUUAUUUAUUUUUUUUAAACACAGGAAAAGUUGAUGCAUUCCAUUGUGUGUUUUCUCAAUUUACAUGACUGAUCACACUUUUAAUAACAUAAUUCUAUUAAAUGUAACUUAUUAUUUUUACCCCAAAAAA